AUGUGGCAAACAAGAGUUAACAAGAUAUGGCAAAUGUCCAAAUGGUUUGUGGGAGGAGGAGUUCUCUCCGUUUUAUUCUACGAUAACGUGGGCUACGUCCACACUGUCCGGGGCCGGUCCAUGUCCCCCACCCUGAACCCUGGUCCAACACGUACCCUACUCCGGGAGCGUGUCUGGCUGAGCAAGUUCUCCUUCACACCGCUGGUGGGUGACAUUGUGGUGUUCAGGUCACCUAAACACGGUAACAGACUAGCAAUGAAGCGUGUUGCAGCUACUUCUGGACAGACUAUCGUACCGAGUAAGUUAAUGAAGAGUGGUGGAAGUCCAGUGCUGAUAAAACCCGGGUAUGUGUGGGUGGAGGCGGAUAACAGGGACACUGCAGGCAGGGACAGUAAUGAGUACGGGCAGUUACACGAGAAGAUGAUUGUGGGGAAGGUUACGUGGUUACUGUGGCCUUGGUCUAGGAUACAAGAUUUGAGGAAGACUCAGCCUCCUUAUUUCAGACUCAAUGAUCAGACUGAAUCUGAUCAGACUGAAUCUGAUCAGACUGCAUCAAUAUUUGAACAGACUAAAAUGGUUCCUGAAGGAUAA